AUGACGCGAGAACAAUACAUACUAGCAACACAACAGAAUAAUCUACCAAAGGCUGAGAACGCACAGCUUUACCCAGUGGGAAUUUAUGGAUGGCGAAAGAGGUGCUUAUACUUCUUUGUCCUUCUGCUGUUGGUUACCAUGAUAGUUAACUUAGCCAUGACAAUUUGGAUUUUGAAAGUGAUGAACUUCACUGUGGAUGGUAUGGGAAAUCUGAGAGUCACCAAGAAGGGAAUCCGACUUGAAGGUAUAUCUGAGUUUCUACUUCCAUUGUAUGUGAAAGAAAUUCAUUCCCGAAAGGAUAGUCCACUGGUCUUACAGUCUGACAGGAAUGUAACAGUGAAUGCAAGAAAUCACAUGGGGCAGUUAACUGGACAGCUGACAGUAGGAGCUGAUGCUGUGGAAGCUCAGUGUAAAAGAUUUGAAGUGAGAGCGAGUGAAGAUGGCAGGGUGCUGUUUUCUGCAGAUGAAGAUGAGAUUACCAUUGGGGCUGAAAAGCUGAAAGUUACAGGCACUGAAGGAGCAGUGUUCGGGCACUCUGUUGAGACACCGCACAUCAGAGCAGAACCUUCCCAAGACCUCAGGCUCGAAUCACCAACCAGGUCCUUGAUAAUGGAAGCUCCUCGGGGGGUCCAGGUGAGUGCUGCAGCUGGAGACUUCAAGGCCACCUGCAGAAAGGAGCUGCAUUUGCAGUCCACAGAGGGGGAGAUAUUUUUGAACGCGGAUACAAUCCGGCUGGGAAACCUACCGACCGGCUCCUUUUCCCCUUCUUCACCCAGUUCCUCCCACUCUCGGCAGACAGUGUAUGAACUGUGUGUCUGCCCCAAUGGCAAACUGUACCUGUCUCCAGCCGGGGUCGGGUCCACGUGUCAGUCCAGUAGCAACAUCUGCUUGUGGAGCUGAAGUGACUGAUCUCUCCUCACACCAGAAUAGCCUUUUGUUCCCGUCCGUCUGCUUCACAGUUCUGCUCCGUUUCCCUCGUGAUCAGUCCAGAGCUUCUCCAAAUGGUCCACAGAGCACCUCCUUCCGGGGUAAGCAGGGAGUCUGGCCACCUUCCCCCUCGAUUUUCUGUGCUGCUCGACCCGGCGAGUGUGAGUGACAGAACGGUGGAAGAACCAUCUUCAGCAGGAAAACUGGAUCAUAAUCUUUGCUCAAAAGGGAGAAUAACAUAGGUGCCUUUGCUACAUGAAGUGAAGCACACAGUUUUAGAUUUUUGCAGGACCUGGAUAUGGACUGCACAUAUAUACAUUUACAUAGAUGAAAUUCCCAGUAUCCAAUGGCAAGAUGACAUGGUUAACCCUGUAAGAAAACUAAUUCUACAGUCUGAAA